GUACACACACAGCUGGCAAACAACACAGAGCAGUCAGGUUGCAAGAUGGCUAACACUACGCUUCAGUCGUUCAACGUCUUCCUGACGGAAAGGUUGACCGCAGCUGCGGUAGACAUCUACGGGUUCGUUGAGAAGACAAUCAUAGACUACCAGGAGGAGGUGUACCAAACUAAAGUGGAGAAUCAGCGGUUGCAGCGGCUGUUGGAUUUGGUCUACAAACCACAGAUAAGACUGCACAAGGCAGAUUCAAGGCAGAUCGAUUUGCCCACACCGACACAGGAGGUUUGUGCUCAGGACCAGCAGAUUCAGACGGAAUGUAUUCCCAGUGAGGUCAUCCCAGUCAUCCUGCCCAUUAAAGAGGAACUGACUGACCUCUGGACCAGGACUGUAGAAACACUUGUAUGUCCGGCGUACAGCAACGUAACGGAAACACUCACUCAGAUUGUCACAGUUGGAGAUCAUGAAGAAAAUAAGAUGCCAGACAACCUAACUCGAGUUGUAACAGUCGGAGAGCACCUGGAAUAUGACCUGCCAUCACAAGAUGACCAACCAUUAACAUCCUGUGGAGUAUCUCCAGUAUAUACCAAGAAGAAAGACAUGUUUUCUUGUAAUAUUUGCUGUCAAUCUUUUCUGAGACAAGACGAGUUACAUUUGCACCUUGCAGCUCAUGCAACAAAUAGUUUACCGACGCCCACCAUCAACGCGUUCACCUGCUUUGUCUGUGGCAGAAUAACAGACACCAGGAGUCAAAUGAUCACCCACAUGAGAACACACACCGACGAGAAACCUUUUGCCUGUCCCAUUUGUGGAAACAGAUACAAACUGAAAGGUCAUAUCAAAGAACACAUGAGGACUCACACUGGAGAACGGCCUUACCCCUGCUACAUCUGUGGGAGGAGCUUCAACAGAUCUUCGACCAUGACUAAACACGCCAGGAUCAAACACAGGGAGAACAUGCCGUUCAAGUGCAUGCAGUGCGGCCAUCGCUUCCCACUGCUCGUCGUGUUCAAACAACACAUGAAGAUGGUCCACGAUGUCACCUUCUCUGUGUGAAGCCCUGUUGCUGUCAGUCUGUUGCUGACGACUGAAGUUCAGAAGUUACAAUGGCGAUAACUUCUUUAUAGGUUUAUCUUUUAUGCUUGUGUGUCUAUUGAAGUUGAAGCUGACAUGCUUCCCCAAAUUAGGGGAUUCUCUCCACUAAUACAACCUCUCAUACUGUUCAGAUGCUCCUGAUGAUACUGUCAUUGUAAUCGGCUUGAAAUCAGUAGAAAUAUACUGAAACACGCCAAAGAAAAAGUAAAAAUAACUGCUGGACUUUGACAGAUGCAUGUAGCUACACCUGCAAAUAAAAUGUAUCUCAUGGGCUUAUAAUAUUAUUUAAAAUAAGCUUGUCACACUGUGAUGACAUGCAUUUUUGAGGCAGAUACCAAUCUUGAUGCUUAACGCCACGUAUUGGCAGAUGUUCACUUUGACAUGAGCGCAAACAUUUUGAUGAGAAUCCCUUAAAUUGAAUGAAGUCAUUAAAGCGCAAAUUAAAUUGAAAAUUGAUGUAGAAAUGUAUCGCAGAGUGUGUUACUACACUGACAUCACAGCUGGGUGUGGUUACAGGUGCGACAGAGCACACUGCUGAUCGCACCAAUCAGGGAUGCUGAUUGUCAUCAGAUGUGCAACAGACUAGAAAUUUUAAACCAAAGAUGUCAUAGAGACAGUAUAAAUUGACAGCAAAGUAUGUGUGUCUCCAGAGGGAGCUGUUUGAAAUCCGAUAAAUCGCCUCAAGUGAUGUCACUUGAGUCAGCAACGGUUGGGUCUGAAGACUACAAGUUUGGAAAUACUGCCCGCUCCUGAUCUCUGCUUGAGGCUAGCGGCUGAAGGCUACAUAAGCUGCUGCUAGCAUAACACAACCAAAUUCCUGUCGAGCGGUAGAGUUGCAUUGUGGGUAAUGGAGGCACCAGGUUUUUGGCAAGGAGGAAGAAUGAAAGGAGUUAAAACAGUAUCUUUAUUUCUGCAGCAUUUUGGGUGGUGAUGGCCUAGUGGUACGCCUUCCGAACAAAACACUAGAAGGUCGGCAGUUCAAUACCAGGCUGCCACCAUUGUACCCCUGAGCAAGGUACUUAACCCUGAGUUGCUCCAGGGAGACUGUCCCUGUAGUGAGUUCACUGUGAGUCACUCUGGAUAAGAGCGUCUGCUAAAUGACCUGUAAUGUAAUAAAACAUUUUUUUUUCAUUUUUUAUACGUUUUUUAAGCUGUGAUUGGUCCGAUAAUUAAACAGUUCUGUACUGCAAUUACUUGUUACUUCUCGGACAACUUUUUUGAAUAUCAAUAUGUGUGACAAGCUCAAAUUUGCUGAUAAUAUGCAUAUAAUAGCAAGUCACCUAAAGUGCACCAUUGUGUUGAACGUGUUGUUGACGAUACACAUAAAGUUUGAUUGAUUGAACAUACUUCUACUAGAAGACUCUGACCUGCAACUUAUUCUUGUGUUACCUUAACAUUUUGCUAAUAUGCCAACGAUAAAGCAA